AUGGGCACGCCAGUCAUCUACCGCGAAGACGGCAACGAAAUCGCAUUUUUCUAUGUCAAAAGCUACAUCGAGGACUAUAGACAGCCAGGUGGCGCGUAUCCGCCUCUGAAUUCCGUUUACUAUCUCUACGGCGUAUACCUAGACACUUUGCAAGAUCUCUACAAAUACCCCAUGAUCAUAGAUGGCCAGCCCUCUGAUAACGACAUGCGCAAGACUUUUCUCGGCGGUCUGGUCUUGCAGCGGCCUGCGCUGCUGUUGCUGGGCGAUGUGCUGUAUGCGGGGUUCGGCGGGCUGUGCGACGCGUUCAACUACACCGGAAGCGUUGUCGCUGUUAAUCUCGCAACGCAGAAUACGUAUACGUGGACUACGCAAGCAGGAAACGCGAGUCUGUACAAUGACGACUGGACGGCGUGGCAUGGGGGUGGCGCGGGUGGCAUUUGGCAGGCUGGCGCAGGUCUCUCGUCAGAUGGCAAGGACGUCUUCUUCACGAUUGAUAAUGGCGGCGGGUCGACGGCUGCAACGCUUGAUGUCACGCCGAGGAAGGGCCACGAGUCUUUGGGUGUUCUUUCGGAAACCGUGGCGCGUAUUACGCUUGAUGAGGCUGGUGGUGCUGGGAUUCAACUUGUGGAUUUCUUCCGCCCGUCAGACUGGCAGACGGACUCUGGACAGGAUAUUGGGAGUGGGGGUUUUGCCGUACUUGAUGGUAAUGUUUUCAAGACUAAGAGUGGGAAGAGAAUCAGUGUAGCGACCUCUACGAACCCGAAGAUGUAUGUAACGGAAGUUGACAGCUUGGGUGGGUAUCUGCAAGGUACAAACGGUACGGAUGGAAUCCUGCAGACUAUUCCUCUAGAAGGCGAGGUCUUUGGUGCGAUUGGAUCUUAUCCGCUAGAAGGCGGUUAUGUCUACGUCAACCCUGGCAAUACCGCUCUAUCCGCGUACGCAUUUACUCCGAACGCAUCGUCCUCGCUCUUCAGCUUCGCUGGCAAAUCCUCCGACAUGAACGGACACUGGGGUGGUGCUGGUCUCCCGACUGUUACCAGCAACAAAGGUCAGCCUGGCACAGGUAUCGUGUGGGCCACGGAUGUGCAGGCUGGACUGAGAGCGUUUAAGGCAGUGCCGGUUAAUGGGACGUUGGUUGAGCUGCCGCUCCCGAAGGUGGAGGGUGCGGUGAAGUUUGGAAGACCUGUGUUUGGCGAUGGGAAGGUUUUUGUUGUUGACGGUCAGGGACGCUUGAUUGCGUUGGGGAGGAAGACGGCGACGUAA